AAAACUGAUUUAUAGGAGGGUGGCUAUGGAAGAUAACGAAUUUAAUGUCGCGUUAAGAAACAGCAGUGGCAAUUAUUGUAAAAUAUAUGAAAUAGAAGGUUAAUUUGAGAAGUUGAGAAGUAUAUAUGACCCCACCACAACCCUUCGAGACACAACACAAGAAAUAAGAAUCAAAUCGAGAAGAAGAAGAAGAAGAACGCAUUAAGCAGUAACCAAAACGAUGUCGUUGGUAACAGAAGAGAUCAAAGCGAAAUCAGAGGUAUACCAUGGAGACCUACUCUGCCAAGAGAAAUCAAAAGAGUUUCUGAAAGAAAUUUCACUUCCAAACGGGCUUUUACCAUUGAAAGACAUUGAAGAGGUAGGUUACAACAGAGAAACAGGUUUCGUUUGGCUGAAACAGAAGAAAAGCAUAACACACAAAUUCGAAAAGGUUGGUAAACUUGUUUCCUAUGCUACUGAAGUGACAGCACAUGUUGAACAUGGUAAGAUCAAGAAACUGAAUGGUGUGAAAACAAAAGAGAUUUUGGUUUGGAUUACACUCAGUGAUAUUUAUAUUGAUAAUCCACCAACUGGAAAAAUCACUUUCAAAACACCUUCUGGACUUUAUAAAACAUUUCCUGUUUCUGCUUUUGAAGUUGAAGAUAAUCAAGCGAAUGACGUUGGUGUUAAAGAGGUUUAAUUCUAGAUCUACUAUAUUUCAUCAACGCCAUGUCAUGGCUAUUUAAUUCUUAAUUAAUAAGUUGUUGCUACUUCAUCUUGUUUUAUAAGCCUUCUUUCAAAUCUAUUGUACUUCCAAUUAUUAUAAAUGAAAGGAAUUUAUAUUUUUGAAAGGAAAUUUUAA